AUGGCACUGCCGCUGCAGCCUGCUUGGAGGGAAACAGCUAAGCGCAGACUGCCUUCUAUACAUGGAGAAUCCCCUGCUGAAGAUGUGGGGGGCCCCUGCUGCUCCCCGCCUAAGAUAAAGGCGCGCCGUUUGGAGGGCCUCUCUGGGGACUUUCUUUGGCCUUCUAUGUCAGCAGCAACAGCAGAAGCACCAGCAGCAAACACUGGCAGCAGCCUUCUUCGCACAAGGAGCCCUUUGUCAUCUCCGCUGAAGCGGCGGCUGCAGACUUCUGUGGAUGAUGAGAACAGGGCUUCUCCCGCGGACGCUCCUCGUGCUCCUGCAGCUGGAGUAUCAGCAGCGGAAGCAACGGGAGCUGACCUGGCCUCGAACAGCAAAAUGCUGCAAUCCCCUGUGCGUCUGCACUUCCCUAUUACAAGCGGCGGGACAGCACAUACAACACCGGAGUUGCCGCUUUUCCCUUCUGGUGCCUCCGGGUGCGUAGCUGUUGCUACUGGUUCAGGAGGACCGCCUCUUCCGACAGUGGCUUCUCAGGCUCAGUGCUCCUUGCAUGACGAAACACCGCAUUUCCAAAGGUCGUCUCAAGCAAGGGGCGGAGCUGCGGCUUCUUUAGCUCUCGAUGCUCGGUCUUUGCUUACCACUGCAGCUGCAGCUGCAGCUGCGGCAGCGGCUGCUCCUGGCAGCCCCGAGGGAGGUGAUGGUGCAGCAAAUAGACGCCUGCAUCAGCGGCCUUCUUUUCUUAACGAUCCUGCCUCUCCAUUCAGUACCAGCCGACGCCGCAGGGCUCCUCCAUCUGCUGCUGCUACUGCUGCAAACGACGCAGUUGCCAUAGCAGCGGGCACCCCCUCGCCAACGCGGCGAGCUCCUGCUGCUGCUGUUGGGGGGGACUUUGCAAGGGCCCCUGAUGUAUUCAUUGACCAAAAGGUCUCUCCUGUCAGCAGCAGAAGGCGCGCCUCCCCCUAUCAUAAAGGCAGCAGCAGUAGCAGAGGGGCAGUGGAAUUUGAAGAGGAAGCACUGUCCCCCUUUCGCCUUACCCCCCCGAGGAAGAAGCCUCAGUUUUCCUUUGAUACAGGACACAGUGAUGCCCACAAACGGACGGUGCAGGAGCAGCAAGAGAACCAGCAAGAGCAACAGCACCAAACUGCGGCAUGCUGCGAGCUUUGCCUAACACCACAAGAGAUCGCUUCGAUGCAGCAGGUGUUUUCGGAGCAGCAGCAGCGCAGCGAGACAUUUUGCUGCAGCUCUCUAGACACAUGCGCUGCAGAGGAAGCCCCCAUUUCUGCUGUCAGGCUGAACAGGCAGCUCGAACGCCUCUGCCGUCUGUACGGGCUGCUACGGAUCCUCUUUGACCGCCUUCACGACCGCGGAGAGCCUCUGUUGCUGUUUUCGAGUAUUCUACCGGCUUACACGAAGCUAGCCCUUACCCAUCAUCCCCGCAGCGCCUCAGAGCCCACAAAUUACACCGAAAGCAGCAGCAACAGCAGCAUCCACAACAGCGGCGAAGCAACCUGCAUCAGUGGCAGCAGCAAAAUAAGAAAUGAUUUGAUUAAAGAUGUUGGGAGGCUGGUUUGGCUGCUCCCUCAGCUGCUCCAAUGGAAAGCGCGGAGACUGUGCCGCACUGCGCAAAGCGGAGCAGCAACAGCAACAGCAGCGACCUUGAGCCCGCUGCGGCGUCAGCAGCAGCAGCAGCAGUAUGACAUACAGAUCUUGGAGCUGAAGGACGGGGUUCCAUUGGCCUCACGCGCGAACGAUGGGGAGCAGCGGCAGCAGCAGCUUCGGCGGCGUCUCAUUUCAUAUACGCUGCAGUGGCAGAAUUUCUGCCUGCAGCUGCAGCAACAGCAGCAUCAACAGAAGCAACAAGUACCGCUUCUGCGACGCAGCAGGCAGCUUAUGAUGCAGCACGGUAGCUGGGUGACUGGUUUUAAGGUGGAAACCGUACCAUCUCCUCCCGCCGCUGCGCCUCCCGAGCUGCAACUGCAGCAGCACGGGCUGCAACCGCAGCAACCACCAGCAGCUUUCAAGGGCGACUCACUAAUUGGCCACAUAGGUGGAAGUCCUAUUCGUCAGCACAUGCACAUCGGAGCCCACUACGUCUCCAGCAACCAUUCCCUUGGAGCCAUCGACGUCUCCUACACUAUUAUCGUCUCCUCUGUGCCGCUCCCGGCAGCCUAUGAGGCGGUUUUCUCUCAUGUCUUCACUUGUUGGGAGCCGCAGCCCGAGUCCUCCGGUGGAAAGGCGCUCGACCUCGAACAGCACCAGCCCCACCAGGUAACGGAGGAACGGAUGGCCGCUCGUCUGCAGAGAGAAGCAGCGCAGCGAAUUCGGAGGGAACUUUAUGAGAGAGUAGAGCAAACAAAAGAGGCGCAAACCGUGCUACAGUGUCUACUCGACGCAUGUGUCUACCAUGACCGCCGCUCUCGGAUCGACGUGCGGGUGUUAACUGACCUGUUUGUUUCUAAGCUGCGGACGCCAUUGCCUGUGGCCGCCGUGGAGAGAGCUGUUCUGUACCUGGAAGGCCUUUGUCCCACCUCGGGAAGAGAUAAGUCUCGUGCCGCCCCAGUGCCUCAGAUGCUCACAUGCGCUUCGUGCGGCCUUUUGUUUUUCAGCCAUUCGGCACUGAGGAAGCUUGUCGAGUCCAAGGUAAAGGAUUCAGAGGAAGCAGCGCUUGCCGCUGAUCGACAGGAGUCAUCGGCACUGGUAGACUAG